AGCGCCUAAUUCAUAGUGUUAAGGUUCAUUUGCACAUCUUUCCUGGCUUGGCAGCCAACGGGGCGACGUUGGCGUUGGCAAGAGCAUAUCCAUACAGAGCUGUAUUAUCGUCGCGCUUUGCAGAAUGACUAAUCUAAUAGAAUAACCUCUAUAAUACCAGUAUGCUCCAGGCGAUGGGGAAUAACUACAGCAACCUUUCGGGAAAUUGUGGCGUCUGCAAGGGACAUUCACAGCAAACCGCAGUUCAACGUCAAUCACCGCGUUCGGCGUCUUACUUACUCAACACCACACGUUCACGUUGUUCGUGCGCCACCACACCACACAAGUAUUCGAACAGUCGCUGGGACUCUGGCAGUUGCGUUACGGGCGCUGCAACACACAUCGCAUGGGGCCCGCUCGAUGACACCAGCCUUCACCACGCUGCUCCGUUGUGCAUCCCCUCGCCUCGAAGCUGUGCCUCCGGCACCACCCCGCGUUCCUCUUUAUCCGGGAUGUUAUUUCAUGGACUGUCACCCUCCCGCUGCUUGCCGGGUGCUGCUCCCAUGAACCGUUGCUCCUCCGCGAGUAGCAACAGGAGCAGCAGCACCAGCAGUACCAGCAGUAGCAUACGGAGAAGGGGCUCACGUGUACUGCCACUGCCUUCUCCCCUACCGUCUACGGCAGCCGUAAGAACGGCGGCUGUACAUACGACAGGCAUGCCCACACCCGCCUCGCCAACAGCCGUUCCCGACGAAGUGCCGUACACACUCUCUGGAGGCCUUGAAGUAACCGUGCGAAAUGUCCGUUCAUUGGACGAGCUACGACAGGUUUCAACACUUCGGGCGGACGCCUACUACGCGGAGAGCCAGUCGCGGUUCGUUAACUCGUUGAAGAAAAAGUUCGUUGAGCAGGAGGUUGAGUCGUUGCAGCAACGAACAACCAUCUUGUCACGACAUGGGCAGCCCUACUCGGAGUGUCUGGUCGCUGUGGAGCGCUGUUCGGCUGCCGUACUGGGCUGCAUCGAUGUACGGCUGCCCGCAGCGCUCAACGGCACCCACCCGCACGGCGUACCGCAGGACGAUCCGGCCGGCUGCUACCUGCUCAAUCUGGUGGUACGGGAGGAGGCCCGCGGGCGGGGGCUGGGUGGGGCGCUCAUGCGUGCCGCCAUGAGCCGAGCGGUGGGGCGGUGGGGGGCGGCGCGGCUGUAUACCCAUGUGGAGGCGGACAACGAGGUGGCCUACCGGCUGUACUGCAGCUGUGGCUUCCAGCAACACAGUCUUGAGGCCUCCUGCCCGGGUGCGGCGGCUGCGGGGGCGCAACAGCUGGGCUGCCGGUUGCUGCUGGUGGCGCCAGGGGGUGCGGGGGCGGGUGAGGGUGCGGGGGCGGGGGCGUAGGGUGUGCGGGGGGGCGGGGGAAUGGUUACCGGUAUGCAGCAGGGGCGGCAGCGGAGGCGGUGCGGCCGGUAGGUGAGUGCUCGGUGUCCUCUGUGUGUUUUCAUUUUUAAGUAGAGAUGGGCAAAAUUGGUGCCGGACAAGUGGUCGGAGAAGUUCAAGUAUGUGUGAGGAGAGAAGCCAGGUAUGCCGUACAAUUCGUACGUAUGCACCAAUGAACAGGAGCUGUGCAUGCAGGCUGCCUCUCAAGUAGCAAGCAAAACGUGGUUGUUGGCAGUCGUUGUUCUUGUGGUGUGAGUGCUGGGUGGCGCAGGUUGGCGGGAGUCGGAAGAAGAUUCCUUGCUUUAAUACUUGGUCAGACUUGGUCAAGCUUGACCGUGGUGUGAGGAGAGGUGCAGGGAGGGGAGUGGACAGGGCAUGCAAGCCCAGCGGGACAGCAUCGCCCGUGGGCGUGUUGCGCCGAGAUAGGCCUUCUAGUCGCCAUGCCAAGAGGUGCCAUGGGGUGCUAGAGGAAACGCAAUGAUCGAGAGGAAGAGAAUGCAAUCUGAGUCUUUUGAAUCCGUGUUUGUAACCAGUUGCUUCCAUUAGGGCCAAGCGUGCAGUGAAGGUGCGCUAGGAAGGGUGGAGAGGGUGGCUAGAGACUUGGUUGGUGCGCGGUGGGUUUGGCAGGAUUGUUCUUGUUGCUUGUCGGCUUGGAGAUCCGGUGUUGUGUUGUUAACCUUAUUUUAUUGUGUUGGGCACAACACCAGGAGAGUGAAGGGUGCGCAAGCAACCCGGGUGCUUAUGCUGGCCCUUUUCAGAAACCGCAGUGAGAGGAGAGGCAGCACGGGGACAGCAUGGUGGAGGGUAUGUAGAGGGCCAUGCUGUGUUCCCUUCUUGUUGCAUUUUGGUGAUAUGCUGCUUAGCAGUCAGUAAUUUGAAAGUGUGCGGAUGUAGAUGGUGCGGAUGUGAGCGGCCGCUACGUGCGCGCACCCUUUAGGUAGGAACACUAACCGGUGUGUAGUUGAUGGGUUGUUGCAGCUACUUGCCUGGAAGUAGCGCAUGUAUGGUGCGUUAUAACGUACAAGCUGUGAGGUGGUCUGGCUGCUCUGCCAUCGUCCGUUCUUGUCGGUUUCCCUUUUUCCCUGGUUCAUUUAUCAGGGAAAUGUUACUGAUGCUCAGAGCCAAACCAGCGCGAGACGGCCUUCCCUGUGUGUCCCUGAUACCGGUAUGUCGGGUCGGGUGCAUGUAUGGGCGGCUGAUAGCCUGGGAUUGCGGCCAGGUGUUAACUUACC